AGAUAAACUUCCUACCCGUUAUUUCCUUUUGGUAUUUAUUAUAGAUAAUAUCCCAUGAAAUAUAUAACACUCGCUACUAUAGCAACCACUCUUGUUGCAUUUGUUAAUGCUGCAUGCGACCCAUUACAAGGUACCUGUCCUGCUGAUGCUGCCUUGGGCUCGUCAUUCCGAGAAGAUUUCCAGAGUGGGCCAGGUCCACACUUUGUGCAGUUGGACAAGCAAGGUUCCGUUGAUUACGGAGACAAUGGUGUCUCAUUGACCAUCAAUAACAGAUUCGACAACCCUACAUUGGAAUCAAACUUCUAUAUCAUGUUUGGUAAAGUUGAAGUCGUUUUACAAGCUGCAUUAGGUAAAGGUAUUGUGUCCUCCUUCUAUUUACAAUCUGAUGAUUUAGAUGAAAUAGAUAUUGAAUUGUUUGGUGGUGAUGCUUACGAAUUCCAAUCCAAUUAUUUCAUCAAGGGUAAUACAGCUACUUGGGACAGAGGUGGAUAUCAUCCUACUUCCUCGAGUCCCUUGGAAAAUUUCCACACUUAUACUAUUGACUGGAGCGAAGACAGUUUAUCGUGGAUUCUUGAUGGUAACACUGUGAGAACUAUCGAUACUAGUAACCCACAAGGUUAUCCACAAUCCCCAAUGAAGAUAUAUGCUGGUGUUUGGGCUGGUGGUGAUCCAGAUAAUCAACCAGGUACCAUUGAAUGGGCCGGUGGUAUUACUGAUUAUUCCCAAGCACCAUUCUCAAUGCAUAUCAAGUCAAUCAUCGUUACUGACUAUUCCAGCGGUGAUAAGUAUACUUAUUCUGACACUUCUGGUUCUUGGCAAUCUAUUAAGGCUGAAAAUGGUGAAGUUAAUGGCAGAUACCAACAAGCCCAAGCCGAUUUCCAAAGUUUACAGAAUGGUGGUAGUGUUUCAGCAAAAUCAGUUGCUCCAGCAGCAUCUAGUACUUCCAUUGCCACUUCUUCAGUCCCAUCAUCUUCAACUGUUGCUCCUCAACAUCCAACAUCAUUGACUUCUUCCGCCUCAAGCAGUUCGGAAGCAACCACUUCAGACCCAACUACUUCAUCCACAUCUGCUCCAAGUCCAGCAGUGUCUAGUUCAGUACAAACUCCAUCCAGUUUAGUCUUUAUUCAAACUACCGGAGAAUUGACCACUUCAUCUACUCCAACCCAAACUCCAACCCAAGCCCCAACUCAAGCAUCAGUUCAAGCACCAGUUCAAUCUUCAAAACCAGUGGCUUUCACACCAAACAUUUCGGCUUCUCCAACCGGAGCAGCAUCAGUGGUCACAGUCGGCGGUCACUCUUCCAAUUUCAUCACCUUUAUUUCCACCACUAAUGGAAGUCCAACUGACACUCCAGUCGCCACUCAAUCUUCCAACUCCGCUAAUAGCUCUAAUUCACUUAAGGUGAUUUCUAUUCUUGGUGCUAUUGGUUUGAUUUCUUCGUUAAUGUUUUAAAAACAAAAAGUAUGGUAUGGUGUACUAUUUCCGUUUAAUUUCUUGUUAUGAUAUUUUGUAAAGUUUUCUUCUAGACUUUUUCGUUUAGUUUAGCAUUAAUUUAUGUUGCAUUUGAUUUAUAAAUAUUACUCUGUAGUGCCUGUUUGC